GCGCCGCCUCCAGGAGGUUUUGAGCUCUGACCGCUCGGAUCGUAUCGCCGCUACCGCCGCCGCCGGGUCCUCUCAGACGUCUGGCGCGCUCUGCCCCCUGAGGCCAGCAUUGCCUGGGGCUGUUCGGUUCACCCCGUCCCCACCGCCACAAACUCAGCGCCUUCCCCUGGCCCGCGCCCCCCCAAUGUCUGACUCUGACUCUAGGACUGAGAAACGCAAGAAAAAAAGACCAAAUGGCCAAGCAACCUUCUGAUGUAAGUUCUGAGUGUGACAGAGAAGGUGGACAAUUACAGCCCACGGAGAGGCCUCCUCAGCUCAGGCCUGGGGCCCCCAGCUCUGUACAGAUAGAGCCACAAGGUAAUCCUGAAGGCGAAGGGGACCGCUGCCCCCACGGCAGCCCUCAGGGCCCGCUGGCCCCACCGGCCAGCCCUGGGCCUUUUGCUACCAGAUCCCCGCUUUUCAUCUUUGUGAGAAGAUCCUCCCUGCUGUCUCGAUCCUCCAGUGGGUAUUUCUCUUUUGACACAGACAGGAGCCCAGCACCCAUGAGUUGUGACAAAUCAACACAAACCCCGAGUCCUCCUUGCCAGGCCUUCAACCAUUAUCUCAAUGCAAUGGCUUCCAUGCGGCAGUCUCAGGCCCUACCUGCAGACAUGCGUCCGGAGAUGUGGAUCGCUCAGGAGCUGCGGCGGAUCGGGGAUGAGUUCAACAACUCCUACCGCAACCCACGGAGGGACUUUCUGCAUGUUUACCAGGAAGCAGAAGGCCACGCCCAGAUGGUGGUCUUACGACUGCUGCGUUACAUCCUCCGUCUGGUGUGGAGGAUGCUGUGACGACGGGUUCCCGUGGAGCCGAGAUGUGUGCAGACAUUUCACUUGUUCAAGCGGACGAGCCCAGCGUCACGGCCCCCUGGCGCCAUUGCUUUGCGGCCAGUGGCGGACCCAGAGCGGCCGGUGUGGCCUGACACCUGGAGCUGCGUGCGGACUUGACCUUAUCGGUUCCUCGCCAUGUGGCAGAGGCUCUAGUGUAGUGUUUGUUAUGAAUGUAAAUGAGAGCGUAUUUUCCUUUUAAAAAUGUUACUAAUCAUGGUUCUUUGGAGCAGGAGUUUAGGCAAGAAUGGUGUAAGAACAGGUUUUUUUAAAAAGGAAGUGGAAAUUUUUAACCAACUUAUAAAUGAAUUUUUACUAAAAAUUUAAGAGCCUAUUAUGGAAACUCUCAUGUAGAAACUGAGCCAGCUGAUUUCUAAAGCUGCCUUAGUUUAUUUUUACAGGCUACUGUACAGGACUUUGAAACAUGAGAGGUGUGUAUGAUAUGGCCCCUCCCUCCCUGCCGUUGCCUCUCUCGCCUUCUUUUAAUCAUGAUUACCAAAAAAUUCUUAGGAGAUGCAACUGAGUCAAGGGGUAAAGGGUCUUUUGUCAGCCUGUGUUGGUAUGCCACUGCCACUGUGUAAAUAUUGACUUACCUCCUUAAAUGUAAUUGCAUCCGUGGCAAAAGUGCAGCUUGUCUGUGUGGCUCGUCUUCUCCUGUGUGGCUCCUCUCUCUGUCCUGGGUGCUCAUGCACACGUUUGGUCCAGUGCAUCUUCACGAUUCAAGUGUAACUGGGUCAGAACGUGACUUGGAAUCUGCCCGUGUUGCCCACAGCUCGGCCAGUCUUGGGGGAGCUCACUCAGCGGGAAGUGCUCGGUACUGGUUUCCACGUGGGUUGGUGGGCUGGCGUUGAAGUACAAGUGUCCUGAAGAGAGAGAGUGGUGACAGCACAGACACAGUAUCAGGGCCCUUGGCGCUGUUGGCUUUUCCGGUUGCAGGCUUUCCCUCAGCACAGGGGGCACUCAGCAUGAGGCCCCCGGGGGCUGGCAGGCCCACCUGCGGCUGAAUUUGGCUGCAGGAGUCCAAGCUGGAGUCCUCGUGGGAGUUGGCACAGGCUGUGGUGGGCAGGGCUUUGGAUGGCUGUUUCCUGGGCAUCCUGGCUUUCCAUCCACUUCUGAGUUGAUCUGGCCUCUGAUGCCCACCACUGGGUUCCCGCUCUUCUGUGCCCACUUUGAAAUACAGGCUUCAUUCGCUCUGAGCAGCGCCAUGAAAACUCACGAGGCGCACGUCCGCAGCAGUCCCUUCUGACAGCUGCCACUGGUUCUUUUCUCUCGGACAGCUGGGCUUUGUCGGGCCUCCUCUGUGCAUCCUCUGCUUCCUCCACCCCCACCUGGAAGGACUGCAGGGAGGGCACCCACGGGUGAUCAGUCAUUUCAAAGGCAGUUAAACAGCGGGGAGACCCGAGAGGGACCGGUUAGAGAGCAGGGAAGGAAGAUGCCAAUCAUUCUGUGAACCCACAACUCUGACAGUUUUUGAAACCUCAGAUCGUGAAACAGUUUUUUAAGAGAAAUACAUGAUUUUUAAAAUGAGUCAGCAGUGCCAACAAUUGCAUUUCCUUUUGGCCCACCAAGGGCCAGCGUUUUCACAUUGUUAAUUGCAAGGAGAAAUUCAUGUGUCUCUUCAUAGUUUUAUAUAAAUAUAUAUGUAUACAUAUAUGUAUAUACGUGUGUAUAUAUAUUUUGCAUAUGCGCUUUCUUUAGGUAGAAAUACUUGAUCUCAGAUACUUUUCCUUUUUUAAAAUUUCUUCCCCCCCCCCCUCCCCAAAUCCUUUCUUGGGGUCUUGAAUAUUUUUAAAACUGUUGAGACUGAGCUUGUGUUCUUGGUAGGUCUGGAACCCCCUUGCUGGGGCACCAAGGCCACACCGCUGGAGGUCGUGGUAAGGUUGUGGCCGUGGGCCUGCUGGACACACACACCAAAGAUAUAUUUGGUUCUGGGCCCAUCUGCUCCCAGGAUCUCCGUACUCAUGUGCCAGUCCCUCUGACUGGAGCACUUUACCCUGUUUCUGGGAGCGCAGGAUGCAGCCCGGGCCGCGGGCUCGCUCGCUGCGUGCGCUCCUUUACCUCUGGCUGGGCAGCUGGCCGUGGCCACGCGUGUGAGGAAGUGAUUCUUGGACGUGUAGAAGUAUUAAGAACAGGAUGUUGCACCAGGACAUGAGAGGUGACUGGGUGUCUCUGUACUGUACGUAUCUGUGUAUCAAAAUGCUUCCUGCAGAAAGUAUACCUGCGAUGGUAUGCCUUUUACAUUUUUUUCUCUGUUUUAUUUCUUUGUAGAAAAAAUAACUAGCUCCCUGUCUGAAAAUUUAUGAGAUGCGGGUUUUGUGCCUUGACCACCUCUUCUCAUGCAAGAUUUGUAGAACGUGUCCUGUGACGAUCACAGAAAUGCAGUAAAUGCCCCCGAAUCUCUCCACAGCAGUUCUUACAGUUACCCGUAGUCCGGCCUCAAAAUGAGUUUAUGAAGAAUUUGUUUUUAGUUGUGGAGAAACCAGGUAAAAAUUCCUUCUGAUUUAAAAAAAAAUGUACUCAGUCGAACCUUCUCCUGUUUCCCCUUCUUAAUAUUGUACAUAUUUUGACUAUUUAUUAGGUUAGAUCAUAUUUUACUUACCAACUGAGCCAAAUGUCUGUGUGCAAUUGUCUCCUUUACCUUUCUUGUAAAAUUUUGUACAGCAUAAAUGAGCAAAAAAAAAAAAAAUCACUGUUUUUUACUAAACUUUUUCAGAAUUAAGGAUUGUAAAUAUUGUAGAUUCUUUUUCUGUGUAAUGUGUCCUACUGGUUCAUAGUGCUGUAACUUGUAGACAUAAUGUAUAUUUAUUUUCUGCUUAUUUAAUGUCUUAAUUUCUGUAAAGUGUUGACCUCUGACACGCCCUCCCCUCCUUCCCCCACCCCCCCACCAUCCCAUUAUUUGCUUUAACUCUGAGGUGGCGACUGGUCAGCUCACUGCCGGACACAUGGUCUUCCUAGGGUGGCUCUCCAGCUUCGGUUCCUGGUAUAUGGUCAAAUGGGUUUACAUGCUUGGUCUUUGCUGUCCUGUGAUAAAGCUCAUGUUUAGACACCAAUGAGAGACCAUAAAUUGGGCAGGUUUCAAAAUUCUUCGGGAAAUACCCAGUGACUUUCUAUUGGUUCCAAAACAGCUAGCUUCCCAUGGAAGCAAAUUCUUUUAGCUUCCAGGAUUUGUCUUUU